GAAAAUAAAUCUUUUUUUCAUUGUGACAGAGCUUGGUACCCGCAUACGUGUAAACAUACAUAUAUAUAUGUAGUUAUGUAUGCUAAACAAACAAAAAAUUUGUUUCAAAAGUUGUGCGGUUGUGCGAAAGAUAUCGUUUACAAAUAAAGAAUCGCGUUCUUUGUUAUGAGUGUUAUAAAGUUUAUUAUUUAUUUGUAUGAAAUAAAAUCGAUUAAAGAAACAUAGUCACGAAAUCAGAAAAAUCUGGUACAAUGGCGGACCUAGAGGCAGUUUUGGCCGAUGUGAGCUACUUGAUGGCGAUGGAAAAAUCAAAAUGCACACCCGCCGCAAGAGCUAGUAAAAAGUUAAUUUUACCGGAUCCAAGCGUGAGAAGCGUUAUGUACAAGUAUCUGGAGAAAGAGAACGAACUUAACUUCCACAAAAUUUUUAAUCAAAUACUUGGUUAUUUGCUAUUUAAGGAUUUUUGCGAAAAUGAUUCCGAAGAACCCAUACAACAACUCAAGUUUUAUGAGCAGAUAAAGAGCUUUGAGAAAACAGAAUGCUAUGAAGAACGAAAAAAAUUAGCCAGAGAAGUGUACGACAAUUUUAUUAUGGAAGAGAUGUUAUCCCACACAUAUGAAUACUCCAAAGAUGCUGUUGCCAGCGUUCAGAAAUAUUUAUUAAAGAAUGAAGUUCCAAUGGAUUUAUUUGAACCAUAUAUGGAAGAAAUAUUUAGCCAGCUUAAGGGCAGGCCAUUUAAAAAGUUUUUAGAAAGCGACAAAUUUACAAGGUUCUGUCAAUGGAAAAACUUGGAGCUCAAUAUUCAAUUGACAAUGAACGAUUUUAGCGUGCAUAGAAUAAUUGGGCGUGGCGGAUUUGGAGAAGUCUAUGGAUGCCGAAAAGCGGACACAGGAAAAAUGUACGCCAUGAAAUGCUUGGACAAAAAGCGUAUUAAAAUGAAACAGGGGGAAAUGCUGGCAUUAAACGAAAGAAAUAUGCUACAGGCCGUUAGCACCGGAAUGGAUUGUCCAUUCAUUGUCUGCAUGACUUAUGCAUUUCACACACCAGAUAAACUGUGUUUUAUAUUAGAUUUAAUGAAUGGUGGCGAUUUGCAUUACCAUCUUUCUCAACAUGGUGUUUUUAGCGAGGACGAAAUGAAGUUUUAUGCAGCGGAAGUUAUCUUGGGGUUGGAGCAUAUGCAUAAGCGCUUUAUUGUUUAUCGCGACUUAAAACCUGCCAAUAUUUUGCUUGACGAAAAUGGACAUAUACGAAUUUCUGAUUUGGGCUUGGCAUGUGAUUUUUCAAGGAAAAAACCACACGCUUCUGUGGGUACUCAUGGUUACAUGGCACCAGAAGUUCUAUCGAAAGGGACAUCGUACGAUUCAUGUGCCGACUGGUUUAGCUUCGGUUGUAUGUUAUAUAAAUUGCUUAAAGGACACUCGCCUUUUCGACAACAUAAAACUAAGGACAAGCAUGAAAUUGAUAGGAUGACAUUAACCAUGAAUGUGGAACUUCCGGACUCGUUUUCCAAUGAAUUAAGGAAUUUAUUGGAUAUGCUACUGCAAAGAGAUGUGCCAAAGCGACUGGGCUGCAUGGGAAAUGGAGCUGACGAAGUAAAAAUGCAUCCAUUUUUUUCUGGAAUCGAUUGGCACCAAGUCUAUAUUCAAAAAUAUACCCCACCAUUAAUACCACCACGAGGCGAGGUAAACGCCGCUGAUGCCUUUGAUAUCGGAUCAUUUGAUGAGGAGGACACGAAAGGGAUUAAAUUAAAUGAUAGUGACCAGGACCUAUACAAGCAUUUCUCGCUGACUAUUUCCGAGCGGUGGCAGCAGGAAGUUUCUGAAACAGUAUUCGAAACAAUCAACACAGAAACCGACAAGAUUGAACAAAAGAGGAAAGCCAAGCAAAAACAACAUUUUGAUGCAGAUGAGAAAGAGUCGGACUGUAUUUUACACGGAUAUAUUAAAAAAUUAGGCGUAUCUUUUGCAUCUCUAUGGCAAACCAAAUACGCAAAACUAUAUCCAAACCGCUUGGAACUUCAUUCUGAAAGUGGAAAUAAUAAGCCAGAAUUAAUCUUUAUGGACCAAGUAGAGGAUAUUUCAUCUGAUUUCAUUUUACACAAAAAUGAACAAUGCAUUCAAAUUCGUGUAAAUGAUGGCAGUCGAGAUGGCCGAAUUAUUUUAACAAACUCUGAUGAAAUCGGAUUAAAAGAAUGGUCGUCAUCCUUGAGAUCAGCUCAUAAAAUGUCACAGGAUCUCUUAGGUUCAAUGGCAAAGAAAGCUGGAAAAAUUUAUGGUAGCGAACGUGAUGCAAACAAAUCAAUGUAUAUAAUAGGCGGGGAGCGUUCAACAAAAUCAUCAAAUGGGUCUAAUUAAAUAAUGGAUUUAAUGCAGGUCAUUAUUGCAUACACACUAAAAUAAGAUACCCGCUCCAAACCUGUCCCGUAAUUUUAAUAAAUGUGAGAACGAUUCCUAAUAAAUGCAUUACUUGUAAAUGA